CCUUGCCCCUUGGGUUCAUGUCUGUGUAUGGUGAGGCUUUGGGGCUAGUUCUAGACUUUUAGCUCCCUUCCACAGUCCAAAUACAUGUCAAAUAUGCCUCUGACAGGGACUCAUUGUCCUCUUAAAUCAGAGUUUACGCUGCAUGCAAGUAGAUGGAAACACUGAGCAGCUCGGAGGGGAAGGGAGAAAUCAUCUCAAGAUUGCUGAGCACAGGGGGAGGGAUUCUUUAUCCUUAGAACAGGCUUUUACUAAUGUCAUUGUGGUGGCGUGGUCACUUGCAUGUGUCAAGAUGCUUAAACUGCACGUUGUAGCGUAAUCUGAAGAUUUGGGUUGAAACUAUUUGGUUUGACAGGCUUCUGGUUACCCAUAUCUGAGUAAAUGGGUUUUAUUUCCCAGCCAGAAUGUUUUCCUUUACUUAAUACAUCAGUAUUGAGAGCAAGCACGAAGUCACAAUCUUAGGAGGACUCAAUGAAUUUGUUGUGAAGUUUUAUGGACCACAAGGAACACCAUAUGAAGGUGGAGUGUGGAAAGUUAGAGUCGACCUUCCUGAUAAAUACCCUUUUAAAUCGCCAUCUAUAGGAUUUAUUUAACAACUUAAUUUGCAAGUCAGAACAGAGAAAGCACUGUCAAAUCUGCAAGUCUGAAAUGUGGACAAAGCCAUGGAGAGCUCUCUUGUUGUAGACCUUGCAACUGAGCUAUUUUGUAGGAGACCAGAGGAUUCAUGAAUAAAAUUUUCCAUCCCAACAUUGACGAAGCGUCAGGAACUGUAUGUCUAGAUGUAAUCAAUCAAACUUGGACAGCUCUCUACGAUCUCACCAAUAUAUUUGAAUCGUUCCUGCCCCAGCUGCUGGCCUAUCCCAACCCUAUAGAUCCUCUAAAUGGUGAUGCUGCAGCCAUGUACCUCCACCGACCAGAAGAGUACAAACAGAAAAUUAAAGAAUACAUUCAGAAAUAUGCAACAGAAGAAGCACUAAAAGAACAGGAAGAAGGCACCGGGGACAGCUCAUCUGAGAGCUCCAUGUCCGACUUCUCGGAAGAUGAGGCUCAGGAUAUGGAGUUGUAGUAAAAGAGGCAACCUGAUUUUUGGAGAGACUCUUAAUUUCCUAACCAUAAGAAGCAGACUAUAAUAUUCAUAUUUAAACAAAGCAAUUUUUUUUAUUACUAAACAAGGUUUUUAUGAAUAAUAGCAUUGAGAUAUAUAUAUCACCCUUUAGAUCUUGAUUUUCUUGGUCAUUUCUCGAACCCGAGGUGCAUAGCAUAUUCCCACAUUCCAUUUUGGUAGCAAUAUGCAGCCCGAAUGCAUGCAUUCAGAUUCCGUUUGGCCAAGUCGACUUGUGUGCUACUAAACUGUCAGCUAAAACAGCUGCCCUGGUAGGUAGGGAGUUAGUCAAAAGAGAUGUUUGCUUUCUUUAUCAGAGGUUUCCAAAGACACCACCUUGGAUGCUAACGUGGAGCAGCAUUUUCUCAAAGCCUAAAGUUUGGGGGAUGAUACACUUAAGCGUGUAGAUCAGACAGUGGAAUCAAAAGGUGCUCCUUCAGGUCAACCUUGCUGAUCCUCGCAUUAAAAACCCCAUCAGAGAGAAUACAAAUGCGUGGAGCUAUUGAGAGCAUUGAAGCUUAAAUUAAGUUGACUUGGAUUUGAAGGCUGUUUUUUCCUCUGUGGACUCCUGCCUGCCCUUCGGAACUGUAGGGACUGACAACCACUGGUCUGUUUGCUUUUUGGGGACUUUAGAAAGCCUUUCGUCUGGAUGUUCCUCACUUCCUUGGUGUGGAUUACCAGCUGUUCCCUUUGUGGGAGGAAGAAAAGCAAGAAAGAACAACACAAACCACAAGUGAUGCUCUCUGAACAGUGCUUUGAUUUAGCUGGAGCACAUCUGAAGUCAAAACUCUUCCUUUGUCAUAGUUUUGGAACUGCUGCCCUUUAAUGGCUUCGAGAUUGCUUUUUUUUUGGGGGGGGGGUGGUGGUGGUGGUUUAUUUUCUUUCUCUUGCUUGAAGUAUGGUUAAACACCUCGCAAGCACUCUCCAUCUCCUAAGAGAGGGUCCUCUGACCAGAUGGAUUAGCCUGGCUGAGAGCUUCGGAUCCACGGCGAUUGGCCCCAUUGGCUGUAGUCCACGAAUCCAUCGGCACUGGUUUCUGUUUUCCUUUUUGCCUCCCCCUUCUGCACCAGCUUGGUAGCCAUCUGCUUGUGUGUGUACAACAGGAUUAAAGUUCCUUUAAGAGUUAACAAAAGAAUAUGAUCUAGAAAGAUAAUUGAGAUGAAUAAAAGAGCCUAAAAGCACCCGCUGAGGAAGCAAAGUGAAUCUGCUCUGGUUUGUUUUGGGGUUUGGUUUGUUGUUUUCUUCUUUAUUCCAGGAUGCUUCCGACUUGGAAUGUUUUGAGUUUCUCCUGGUGUCUUGCAGCAAGCUGAGAUUUGUGUUUGGUUUAAUGCUCUGAAAUCUAAUCUAGUAAAUGUCUACCUGGCGUGCCAGUGUAACUUGAUUUUGGAUCAUUGUACACUGGAGAUUGGAACUGAAGCUGGAUUCCUUUAAAGCCGAAUGUUACCUGCUGUAUUCUUUUGGGGGGUGUUGUUUUGGACAAGGUGUUUUGAUUCGUGGCGCAACCAGCAUGGAGAAAUGAACCCACCCACCCUGAGCAGCUCUGGAGCAGAGUCUGGAACGUCACAUUUGUUCCUUUGUUGUUCUCCCAGAAUGAUUGGGGGUUUAUUUGGGAUUUUUCUUUAGGAAUGCCACCAAGUCGGGGUUGGAAGGUCACAAUCCUAUUCCUGCUUCAUAAAGCACAAUCAAUUCCUUUUUCUUUGGGGUGUGGGGGGGGGGGAGUUGGGAGGGAAGAAAAGAAACAACUCAUAAAGUACCACUUUUGCUUUAGCAUGAUUUUCCUUAAUAAAACCCUACAACCAAAUCCUUUCUGUUAAUGAUGGGCAUGAAGCAAAGGUUUUUAUUUCUCCCCUCCCUUCCCCCCCCCCCCCUUUUUGAUUUUAAAGCAGUAAUGUUAGGGCUGUGGCUAGUGACUGUGCUGAAGUUUUCUAUCUAGCAUUUGUGGCUUGUGGGAAGGGUAAUAUUAACUAUUUAACAUGUUAUGGUGUCCUUAACUCUUAUCUAGCACGCUGUUGUUCUCAUUACUUUGGGGAGGGAGGGGCCAGGGUUUGCUGGCACUGUUUAACUUGCUUACCUGCUGCCCUAGCAGUUUGCUUGUGCUAUAACCUUUACUUGUAGGUGCUACUUAGGAGUAGAGUUCAGUGCUGGGUGGUGAUUGCAGUUUCAAAGAUUAAAAAGGACAAAAAACCACAAUAAAAAUUUGUAUUUUUUCAA